GGCUCCGCACCUGCAGUAAGUUCCACAGCAAUUAGAGUUCCGGAAAGCGCGUGUGAGGCGGAGCUCCGCAGUUCCGUCUGCUUCAUCCGCAGCGGCUCCCUGUCUGUCUCGUUGCAUUCUCCAGAGAGGGACGGACCUCCACUUCCUCUAUCAGAAAAAUGUCUGCUCCAGCUCAGCCACCCGCUGAAGGAACAGAAGGGGCUGCCCCAGGUGGAGGUCCUCCUGGUCCUCCUCCUAAUUUGACCAGUAAUAGACGACUACAGCAAACCCAGGCACAAGUGGAGGAGGUGGUGGACAUCAUGCGUGUGAAUGUGGACAAGGUCCUAGAGAGGGACCAGAAGCUGUCAGAGUUGGAUGACCGAGCUGACGCCUUGCAGGCCGGAGCGUCACAGUUUGAGAGCAGUGCUGCCAAGCUGAAAAGGAAGUACUGGUGGAAAAACUGCAAGAUGAUGAUCAUGCUGGGAGCCAUCUGUGCCAUCAUUGUGGUCGUUAUUGUAAUCUACUUUUUUACUUGAGAAUGUGCCAUCCCGUCCCUGUUCUCCAUUGCCAUCCAAGUUCAUGUCUUUUUCUUCCUGUCUGCUCUCUCAGCCAACUCCUUCAUCUGCCUGUCUCCAUUCUAGCCCAGGCUUCUCCGUCACCCAUGCCUCCUUUUCUGUUGCAAUCUUUGCCCUCUUCCUUCACACUAGAAAUGCUGCGUGUGGCCGGUCGUGAAGUCACUACCCAAAGAGCAACAGCUGGCACCCCCUCCUUACCCCCGAGCUUAAAAGUGCUGUGGCCAGGGGAAGGAGCACAAUGGGGAUGGCAGAGGUGAGGUAUCUGAGAAGCUGGCAUGGCUGAGGGAAGUAGAAGGGUGUUUGGCUCCAGCUAGGCUGGCCUUCAGCACAAGGGACCCAGACUACUUGGGAAGUAAUGACCUGCUGCCUGUUUUAUAUAAUUGUUGGUAACCACUACCCUGGAACUUUUCCCUCAUACCAGGCCUGUCUCGGGUCCCAGAGGUCUGUUUAAAGACAGGAGUCAAACUGGAAUUUUGUAGUUACUGCUUGUCUGUCAAUGUAAGAUGUUCUGUGUCUUUGGGGAACUUUACAGCCUUAGACAUUCUUCUCUGUGGGCCUAGAAAACAAGUGCUUACUGAUUAUAAAGACAGCAGGAGACUCUUACAUUUUCCUAGAAGCCAUCCCACAUGCUUCUGUCUACAAGGAGCCGCUGUCUCCUCAUCUUUUCUGAAGUGUUCUAUGUUGCUCAUGAGGGCACCAAAUAAUUCCAAUCAGCUUUGAAAUAGCAAGCAUUUGGGAACAUGCUUCUUGCCAUCUUAUUAUUGAAGUUCAGCCUCCUUUGCUGUUGAUAAUGGGAACUGGGUGUGAAAUGGUGAGACUCCCAGGCUCCCACAGAACCCCUUCCUCCACACCUUUCUCUCAUUCUUGCCUGAGAUAGGGAUGUGGCAGGAAGGCCUUUCCAGCAAAGCCCGCAGCUCAGUCUUGGAUGGGAGGGGUGCCAGCCUGUGACGGGUGUGCUGCGCACUGCGCCCGUGACAGGUGUGCUGCGCACUGCGCCCGUGACGGGUGUGCUCCGCACUGCGCCCGUGACAGGUGUGCUGUGCACUGCUGUGCCAGCAUGGGGCCUCGCAUCUGGAGUUGUCUGCUUCUCCUCCUUCAGUAUCUUCUCUGGAACCAUCCUCCCCCGUCUGAAUUCUGCAUUGCCUCCUCUCCUUCACUCACUUUGCAUGCCCUGUG